AUGCCUCCGAAACCUCGACAACGCCGUCCAAAGACAACGGUGCUGCCGCCGUCUUCGCCACCGCAACCUCCAUCUCCUACUCAGGGCCCAGAAGAACGUAGUCACCGCAUUGAAGCUGCCAGGGCAACGUCAUCAUCAACCCAGCAACCUCAAACGGCCAGCCCAAACGCUCCAGCACGCAACACCACACGCUGUGAGUCGGAUCAACCAACUACGAACUCACCUGUCCAAGUCGCUCGUCAUCCGUAUGGCACGCGUCGCAGCACGCAAACAGCGCGUCCUGCGUUCGCCGCUGGUCUUGCCAAACGGACAAGAGAGGAGAUCCACCAAGGCGCCACGCAGAAAGUGGCAGAGAAGCAGCGCAAGCAAGCACAGAAAGCAGACAAGGCCAAGCGCAUCGAGCAAAACACACGUAAACUCGCACAGCUGGAAGACGAGUAUGUCAGUCGUCAGGCUCAAGAUGAUCGUGAGUUACGGGCUGCACCACCCCCUGCGGAACACGGCUCAGUGCCGAACGAGCGUCCGCACUCUGGCGGUGCCGCCGGCAAGGCUGCGGUGGGCGGUCAUCCGCCGGUAUCCAACUUAUCUCGCACCUCAGUCCCAGGCAGUAACGGUGCAAAUACAUCCCAGGCUCUCAGGGCUACGAAUGUGCCACGGACUAGCACGUCUCACAGCAAUGUGCUCGAUGGUAAUGCUUCGAGCUCAGGCUCUGAGACAGAGGACGACCUGGAGGCUGCAUUGAGCCGUAUCAACCCGUCUCGCUCAACUGGCCAGCGCAAAACUCGCGCCGCUCAAGAUGCUGGAUACAUCCGAGAUAAGGGAUCCGAUACGCCCUCUACCCGUGAUGGCGCAAAUUACAGCUCUGACGGACUUGCGGGUGACCCGGCCUGGGGCGAUACCCUCGAGUCUGGCGCAUUUGAGAACGACCUCGCCGACGAUGCAUAUCACCGGCGCAACUCGGACCUCAACGACCUGCACUCUGUCGACUCUCACAACACCGACGACCCCGAUGCGAUGAAUCUUGACCUGGAUGCAGCAGAUCUCGACGAAGUUAACGCUGACCCAGAUGCAGAUCUUGACGAAGUCGAUCACGCAGAUCUGGACACGGUGAACGUCAACAGGAUGCGGUCCACUCCACUCACGGAGGCGCAGCGCAAGCAACUCAAACGUGUGACCGUGCGUGGCACAAUCGCUGGUCUCCGGCAGCACAAUCCGAGUCCUGCGCCGUCAAACAAGCGGCUGCAUGACGAUCGAUCUAUCAGCCCACGGCCACACAAGUCGAAACGGCAGAAAGCAGCUCACGCAUCCCGUGAAAAUGCGUUUCGAACCGAGUUCCGGCACGACCGCCGUAGUCGUUCAGAGGCACCAUCAUCUCAAGCUGCCCCAGCCCCUUCAUCACAGUCUUUGCGCCUUCACACGCAGCGUGGUGGUGGUAGAUCUGGUUGGCGGGCUGCUCUUAAGAACGAGCCAUCUGAUGCCGGUUGCGAGGAGGAGCUCGCCGCGGAUGAGCCUCCAGCUGCGUUCACGGAUGCAGAUGUACAAGUUGCAUCCAGCCAGCGCUAUGCCUUGACUGCUGCUACGACGCGCGCGCAGUCCGUUUUCCGUGUCGAAGUCAUUGACGACAAUGACGCGAUGGAUAUCGUCAAUGGGCGGGCAAAGAAGGGACGUCGUCGUCGUCGCGCGCCCACAGACAUUCCCGAGGAGAAAUCGCGCUCUACCAGCAACCUUCCUGACUUCAUCAAGGCCGUCUUCGAAAGUAAAUUUGUGCCGACUAUCAUCGACUACUAUGGAACCAAACGCAACCCCUGGGAUCUGCGCGAACAUGGUUCCGACGAGUUCCUCGAAGUCUGCCGCGAGGCAUUGAAGAUGGCUUGCCCUGACGUCGACUAUACGCUGGAGAAGAGUGAUGUCGCAUACCGCAUUGCUCGGCAAAAGGUGUAUCAGUGGCGGACAGAGUUCUCUAAUGCCGCAGUGCUCGCAAUCAACGACGCCAUGCAUCACAAGUUUGGGAUAAAACCUGCAGCUGAUGCGACUAAGCGAUGGGUAGAGGCAGCGAUCAUUACGGAUGGCGGUGAGGCUUUUUGGGCGAUACCACACGCAAACGUCGACCAUGCACAUGGCAAGCUGCAAUCAGCAUAUGUUCUCAAGGCCUUUGCGGUUCAUCUGACGUUCAAGAAGGGCUCCGUCGGGGAUUACGGAUACCCUGCCGGUGCACUUGCUUUGGCUACUGCUGCUGUUGAACAUUCCUUCCCAAUGUUCAAGUGGGGAGUAUUUACCGCUGGCGAGGGUUUCAACACGACCACUGCGCGGGCCCGGACGGAAUGGUGGUACGACACGGCCACGUUCAAGUUCGCCAAAAAACCCGAGUACUUCAAUGCCAUCAUACGCAUGGCUUCCAGGCAUGCCAUCACUGCUCCGCAGGCAUCCCAUACGCCAUCGUCGAGUUCACCUGCCCCAAAUGCCUUCGACCGCAGCAGCCCUCCUAUCGAGUAUUAUACCCCAUCCUCUCCUCAUCUAACUCUCCACUGCUCGCACGCAUAG